CUCCUGCAGACAGACCGGUCCUCUCCUCCUGCAGACCGGUCCUCCGGCAGCUCCCUGAGCUCCUGCAGGACCCGGUCCUCUCCUCCGUCCACGCUGACUCCAGACAUGCUGGCCCUGCUGGCCGCCGGCUCCGUCUUCUUCCCGCGACUGUUCCUGGUGUCCCGGCGGACGCUGACGCUGCUGAUGGGAUGGAGGGACGGUGAUGCGGUGCUGGUGUCCACGCGGCUGGUGUCGUCCGUCCAGGCCGUCCUCGCCUCGUCUGCCGGGUUCAUCAUCACGUCGUCCUGCAGGGACGUCCUGGAGGACAGACACUGGCUGGCCGAGGCCUACGUCCUGUUCGCCACGCCGUACUUCCUGUACGACAUCUACGCCAUGUUCCUGUGCCACUGCCAGCGGCUGCAGGUCAAAGGUCACGAGGAGGCGGAGGGCGGCGGCGUGUCUGCGCGGGCUGCGGUGUGGGGUUUCCUGCGCAGGGAGUCGCUCAUGGUGCUGCACCACGCCGCCAUGGUGGCCGUCUGCUUCCCCGCUUCUCUGCUAUGGCGGCGUGGUAAAGGUGAUUACUUCCAGGGCGCCCUGUUCCUGCCUGAGCUCAGCACGCCGUCCGUCAGCCUGUUGAAGAUCCUGAUUCAGUACAAGAAGCAGCACACCCUGCUGCACAAAGUCAACGGCGUUGUCAUGGUGAUCACCUUCUUCUGCUGCCGGGUGCUGCUCUUCCCCUACCUGUACUACGCCUACAGCAGGUACGCGUCGGUGCCGGUCCACCGGGUUCCCCUGGAGGCCCCGUGGCCCCUCAACCUGGGGGCCGCCGUGCUGUGGUCCCUGCAGCUCUACUGGUUCGCUCUGAUCUGCAGAGGAGCUCUGCGGCAGUUCUCCCGGCGGCCGGACGCCCCGGCAACGGCCUCGGCGACGACCCCGGCAACGACCCCGAGGGACGACGAUGAGCUGGUCGGCGGCUGCUCCCACGAGCACGCGGACUGAGACGGAGGAGGGUCUACUUAUCCGCGCGGCGGCAGGACAGGCGUGAGGCGGCGAAGAGGAUGGACGUCUCUCCUCGUUACAGGUGGAGGAGAAUCAACCAAUCACAGCUCAGCAGAACAAAGUUUCACUGCAGGAGCUUAAAGGUGUCCCACUUGUUUGCUCUGCGAUCAAAUAAAGACUGGACGGCACCACUGGAAGGUCCAGCAAUGCAUUAUGGGCUACAAAACACCAGGUGGACAUGUCAGCUGCAUGCUGGGAAACGUCCAGCGCUCCGCCCUUUUUGAACUGUUUUAUACUGACGUCACUUCAAUUCUGCUUGUUUAAAACUGCAGCGGCAGCGUGCAAGACUUUUGUAGUUUAAUUUAAACUUUAUUUAAACCUAGAAGCUUUUAAUCAAAUAAGGAACCUCUCUGGUUGCCUGUGACGGGUUCUUACGGCUGGAUAUCGGGGCACAAUUUCACAUUUCACGCAGUAUUGUUGGAACAAUAUUAUGUUGCAGGGGAAAACUUAAACAUAUUUUCCAUGUUUGGAGAUCUAAAUGAUCGUUUAGAGUCUGUCGGACACCAAGAAGGAGCAGGAAACCCCUGACACUACCAGCUCCCGUCCUCCUAAAAGUGUUUUUUAUACCAAGUUUCAAAAUGUCAUUGGAAGUAGGAAUGAUUCCUGCAGCGAUGGAGGAGCACGGAUCCUAAAUCUGCCCCAAAUACAUGAAUAUGAAGAGUGUUUGUGGACUGAUCCAGAUGGAAAGAUGGAAAUGUAAUAAAUGGUGUUUGUUUGCAGGAUUCAGAGCAGCAGGUUUGUCUUGACUGGUCACUUUGUUUCUGUCGUUCAUGACUUAAGUUUCUUAUUUAUUAGCUGUCCAAGUGUUUUUGU